UCUACGUCGUUCCCAAAGGUGCAAGUUUGUUGCACUAUGAUGGUUGCAGCCCAUGCCUUACUUAUUCUAAUGGACCACUUCUAUCUUCUUUAGUUUCAACCUGUUGGGCCUCCUUUCAGCAAUAUAUUAUAGAAAUUGAAACGCUCCUCCUCUUUGUCAACUGUUCCUGACAAAGGAUGUCCGGCCCAUUAAAACUGAGGAUUAGCUUUAAAGAACUGACCAUAUUUUAGUGCUCCCAAAUUAUUGGUUUCAUCAUUAAUCGAAAUCUAGAGAAGCCCAUUAUCGGGAUUGUAUGGUCAGAUUUCAGCUUCCAGUGCUCUCUGAGAUUCACCCGCCAAAGCCAUUGUUCUAUAAUUCAAACUCCGAAACACUGCGUCGAUGUGUGUCUCUCUUAAGCUCUGUUUCUUCGCCAAACCAACUUCUCCAGAUUCAUGCCCAGCUCAUAGUAUCUGGCCACCAUCGCAAUUCCUAUAUUACAGACAAAAUCGUCCAGUUUUGCACUUCGGAUUCACUUAGGAAGAAACAUUCAAUUGAUUUGAUAAAUCACGGCCGUUAUGCUGUUAAAUUGUCUGGAAACUUAGAAACCUUUUCAUGGAACAAUGUGAUAAGGGCCUAUGCCACUUCUCAUUUUGACUCGCAAAGAGAAGCGCUAUCAGUUUUUCUUGAUAUGCGGCGUCUGGGAGUUGGACCCAAUGAGCAUACUUUCCCUUUCCUCUUCAAGGCGUGCGCUUCACUUUUGGGCUUAAACGAGGGGCGACAGAUUCAUGGGGAUGUAGUGAAGCAUGGUUUCCUUUCCAAUGUGUAUGUUCAGAAUACUCUUAUUCACUUGUACGGAUCGUGUAAGAAGGUCUUGGAUUCAUACAAAGUGUUCGAUGAAAUGACGUAUAGAACUGUUGUUUCCUGGAACUCAAUAAUAUCGGCAAAUGUAGAAUGUUCUUGGUUUUAUGAUUCGGUUGAGCUUUUCGUUAAAAUGAGGGACAGUGGGUUUGAGCCAGAUGAGACUACGAUGGUGAUUGUGCUUUCUGCUUGUGCUGAGCUUGGUAACUUGAGCCUCGGAAAGUGGAUCCAUUCUCAAGUGCUUGAGAAGGGUAUGGUUGUGAAUUGUCAGUUGGGUACUGCUCUUGUUGACAUGUAUGGGAAAUGUGGAGAUGUUAAUUAUGCUAACUUAGUAUUUAAUAGGAUGGUUUACAGAAAUGUGUGGACUUGGAGCGCUAUGAUUCUUGGGUUUGCACAGCAUGGUGCUGCUAGAUAUGCUCUUGACCUGUUUAAAGAGAUGAGAAAUUAUUCAAUCAAGCCUAACCACGUCACUUUUCUUGGCGUUCUUUGUGCUUGUAGCCAUGCUGGUCUGGUAGAGGAUGGGAAACGUUAUUUUGAGGAGAUGGAGCAAGUGCAUGGCAUCAAGCCCAUGAUGGUACAUUUUGGUGCUAUGGUUGAUAUCUUGGGCCGGGCUGGUCGUCUUCAAGAAGCAUAUGCUUUUGUAAUGAACAUGCCAAUUGAGGCUGAUGGCAUUGUUUGGAGAGCAUUGCUCAGUGCUUGCAGUAUCCAUGAUGUUAAUGACUACUCUAGGGUGGGUGAGAAGGUAAGGCAGAGGCUAAUAGAACUAGAACCAAAGAGAAGCGGAAACUUUGUGAUGCUUGCAAACAAUUAUUCUGAAGUGGGACUGUGGGAGAAAGCAGCAGACUUGAGGAGCAGAAUGAGAGAGAGAGGCUUAAAGAAGAUAGCUGGAGAGAGUUGUCUAGAGCUAGGUCUUUCAUCUUCAUGCUAUUAGGAUCAGUUAUUACAACCAACAUCGUCCAGAUCCAGAAAUUAGGAAACUGGGAAAAGAAAUUUGUGAGGUAAAAUGUUCACUUUCUUCUCUGACAAACCUAGUUAUAAGAUUUCACAUUUUAGAAACAAACUAAGAUGUCUCCAACAAUCCAUGAAUGCAUGACCUUAUUGUAAUUCGUAAUAGUCUAGCAUUUAGCAUGCUACUCCUACCUGGAAAUUGUCCAUCAGAAAAGCU